UUGCUUCUGAGCAAACAUGCAUAGGCUUCCACUCUAAAAUGAAUUUUCCCCCAAUGCCAAAUGAUGCUCCCACUCACAGCUUUCCAUAGGCCCAGAAGGCAGUGUUCUGUGGCAGCUGGAAAGCUAAUCUAUUGCAUGAUGAGCUUAAUAAAUACUUUCCUUUUGCAUAUGCUAGAGAAAAGUCCAUUGACAAUUCCUAGUCACUUCUGCUUUAGAUGUUUGUAUGCAAGGGAAGAUUCCCUGAAAUUGCCAGGGUCUCUAUUCUGCUUGUCCAAAGUCAAGUUAUAAAGAACGGAUGGGCUUUUGUGCAAAAAAGUACAAUCACCAGCUUUUAUUUUCUGGAAGGAACUUGUUGCCUUAAGCUACUGCAUGCUGAGGAAAAACUAAUUGGGUAAAAGCAGGAUUGCCAAAGUGCCUGGCCAAAGCUGGUACUGAUACUUUUGAAUGUUCUAAGCCUUAGAAUCUGCUGCUGCUUGUUUUUGGGGUUUUUUUAAAAAAAAUCCUAGCUGAAACCUCAAGUCUAUGGCCAAAUCCACAGCACAUUAACUGUGGGAUGGCUCCUGCAAUGACUAUUGGGACUUCAUUGGAAUCAUCAAGCAUUGUAGCCAUUUUUCCCCCAGAGAGAGAAAAAAUAAAAAUAAAAUAAUAGAUCCUGAUUUUGCGGGAAUGGCAGAAGAGAUGGUGGUGAGAGACCUUGGCUAAGGAAGGGGAGGUGUUUGUUUGUUUUAAAAGAGAAAGCAAGUGCACUUCAGCUAAAGUCAAAAGCCCCCUUAAUUGAAUUAAAAGUUCUCUAUUGUUAGGCAAGUUUGCCCUUCUUCAGAAUCACUACAGAGAUUCAGAUGGCAACUGCCUCCCGGCCUUUUGAAGUGCACCAUCAGGCGGUUCCUUUGCUAUCUUUUCAACCAUUGGAUCAGAAGCUCUUUUAUCAUUGGGCAGCAAAUAGACGCCCUUCAGGAGCUCAGCUUAUAAAUAACUUGGGAUUUUGGUUGCUGUAACUUUCUUUAUUCUGGAUUAUCUCUCAUUUGGCAUAGAAAAAAAGGAUCUUAGCUGUGUGUCCUCCUCCCCGCUCCUAUCUAGAAAAAGCCUAUGUUGUCUGGGGGGGAAAGCUUUUGGAUCUGCUAGUGGAAUACAGAGUCACCAUGAAGAGGGGCACCUUUGCCAUCCUUACUGUUAUUGGAAUUUAUGGAGAGAUCUUCAGGAUAUCAGCAUGGUCCGUGAACAACUUUUUGAUGUCAGGAACCCAGGCAUAUUUGACAUAUUCGUCCAGUGUGGCUGCUGGUGCCCUCCGUGGAAUUGAAGAAUGUAAGUACCAGUUUGCCUGGGAGCGUUGGAAUUGUCCUGAGAGCACCCUGCAACUCUCCACUCACAAUAAGCUGAGAAGUGCUACCAGGGAGACGUCUUUUGUUCAUGCCAUUAGCUCAGCUGGCGUAAUGUACACUCUUACCAGGAACUGCAGCAUGGGAGAAUUUGAAAACUGUGGCUGCGAUAACUCAAGAAAGGGACAUGCAGGUGGAAAAGGAUGGGUUUGGGGAGGCUGCAGUGACAAUGUAGAAUUUGGUGAAAGAAUCGCCAAAAAAUUUGUGGAUGCUUUGGAGACAGCGCAUGAUACCAGAGCUUCAAUGAAUUUGCACAAUAAUGAGGCAGGGAGACUGGCUGUAAAAGCAACCAUGAAGAAGGUUUGCAAAUGUCACGGGGUCUCAGGGAGCUGCAGCAUCCAAACCUGUUGGCUCCAGCUUUCAGAUUUUCGAGAGACAGGAAAUUACCUGAAGAUCAAAUACCGCCAGGCUCAGAAGCUGGAGACAGACAAGAAGAGAAUGAGAGCGGCAAACAGUGCAGACAAUCGUGGAAUCACACUCGAGACCUUCAGCACCCUGCUAUCCGGUGAACUUGUCUACUUGGAGGACUCUUCUGACUACUGCGUCAAAAACAUGACCUUGGGCCUCCGCGGCACCGAAGGACGAGAAUGCCUGCAAGGCGGUACAAACCUGUCCCAGUGGGAGAAGCGGAGCUGUAAAAGGCUCUGUUCAGAGUGUGGGUUGAAAACGGAGGCUAGGCAGACAGAAACAGUCACCAACUGCAACUGCAAGUUCAUCUGGUGUUGCACCGUGAAAUGUGAACAGUGCAAAGAAGUAGUCACCAAACAUUACUGCUCCAGACAAGACAGCUCUUCCUCUAAUAACACUCGGAGGCGAAACAAAGGACGCAAACCAGCAGCUGUCUAACUACUACCUAUGACAGCCUUCCAGCGAACUGUUAAAUGAUCACAUUUCAGGCAUACAGUAUUUUUUUACUUGGAGUAUCCAGAAAAGCUUUAUAUAUUUGGACCAUGCUUACCCAAGUCUCCCCGCCCCCUUUAUUCUGGACACAUCUUCAAUUUGACCAAUAUUUAGAACAAAACUGGUACUCAUUUAACGUAUUUGUGCCGCUCCCCAUCCCCCACAAUAAUAUACUCCACGCCACUUCUGCUUCAGGUACCUAUUUCCCUACUCUCACACAAUUUAGAGCAAUAUUCUGCCCUAUAAGGCACCCCAAUAUUAUAAGGAUCUGUGGCCCAGGCUGGAAACUGGGAUUUUUGAGUGUUUUAACUUUUCUCUGGUCUGUAAGGGGGACAGGCUGUUGGAAUAAGAUAGCCACAUAUCCCAUACCUUCCAGGAAUCCACGCACAUACGCAAAAAAUAAUAAAACUAGGAACCCCCAGAACCAGGCCCCCCAAGGAGGAAAGUGGCGCGAGGGCUCUGGCAGGGAACUAGAGCCCUUCCCCCACUUCCCAAAGCCCAGUGGGAGCUAAAGCCCGAGAGCCCUCACGCUGCCUUCCGAAAGCUGGGGAUCACAGCUUUGCGUAGGUGGGGUGAGGGGAAUAUAUAAAUGGAGAGUGGGUUUCUGCUGCUCUCCAUUUAUUUAUUUAUUUAUUUAUCCCCCUCCCUCCCCAAACAAAGCUGCGAUCGCGUAAGUUAAAUAAGCGUAAGAUGCAAGUUACCUGUAUGCUCCUUAAGCUUAGAUUGCAUACUUCCAAGGUUUUCCAGUUUACUUCUAAAGCUUCAUAGUUAGCUGUAAGUGCACUUGUAGUCACUUUAUUGUCUGUUUCUGGUUGAAAAGCCUUCCUUUUUAGAAGUACCAAAUGCAAAGGUAUGAAGUUCAGAUUUCAAUAUUGUCAAAGCUAAAUUUGUAGAACAAAUUUUCCCAGGUCCGGUUUACAAAGUCAGGGAAAAUCAUUUGCCAUUAUUAUGGAAAUGCCUGAUGGUUCUCUUGUGUGCAGCUUGGUUCCCAUUAAUAUUUUCUCAUGUGGUUGCAGUAGCACAGCUGCUUGUGUGUAUGGAAAUCUGAACGUGUGAACUGUUACACAGUGAUUUUCACACCCACCAUGUGACGAGAACAUGACGGAAUUAAGUUAUGUGGGAUCUAAAGCAAUAGGGACUUAAUGGCCAUUGUGUUUUCAACAAGGUAGGUUUUUGCGUGUGCAAGUUAUUGCAUGUAUACGAUGUAUGUAUCUCACCCCUUCAGGCAACCCAGUUGCAUGCAAAUUCCACCAAAAUAACACUUGAUGGAGAAAUAUGCGUUGUCUGAAUCCUUACAACAUACACUAUGUUUAUUCUUGAAUGUAUCUAAUGGAAUUCACAGGAAAGUGUAAAGAAGCAGCUUCUUUGUAAUGCUGCAUGUGCAUCGAAUGUAAAUAUAUAUAUAUUUUUAGAAUGUGAAACAUAUGCACUUUUUGAUGUAAGGAAUUUAGAGUCCCUAGUUCUCCCUGAGCUGGAGGUGGGGGGAAUACAUGUCUGGGCUAAACACUUCACACUGCAUGUGGUGCUGAGGCUCACAUGGCAGAAUAUCUCUUCAUACCAAAAACAUUAAUUUCAUACAGAAAACUAUCUCAUAGAAAAAGGUUCACAUGCAGACUUCGUUCAAAAUACUAGUUUUCUGUAUGCAAGCUGUGUUUCUGUAUGGAGAAGUGUUCAGUCAGAGGAGCUCUUACCCAGGGUCUGAAGUGGUAUGGCAAAGAUCCAGUUUUACCACCUCACUUGAAAAUAAGCCAUAUUACCCCCCCCCCCAGUUAGAAUACACCUACUUUCCCCAACCACCACAAGGGUGGCUUUGUGGACAAUAUUAUGCUUUACCUUCUAUGCAUUUUAAAUAUACUUUUCACAAAGUCAUUGCAGUGGAUAACCAAGGAACUUUUAAAUCUCUAUUUCUAGACGAAAUGGUGUGCUUUGGUGUCCUUUGCCACCUAAAAUCACAAUAAAUUCAGCAGCUAUCAAUUUGGUGCUCUUUGGUAGCUGAUCAACAUGUCCUGUUUUGAAGUGAUUGUUAUAAGACAAGUGAAGCUGAGGCUUAUUUUGCAUAUUAUUUUGCAAU